AGUGUUCUUUCUUUCUUUCCUAAACCCGUUUAAGAAAAGCUCCAUUUCCACUCUUAUUUAGUCAAAACCCUAGAACGGGGGACGGCUGCGUGCGUAACUUCUCAGCUCACCGUCACACUCACACAGAACCAGAAAUGCCUCCGAAAGCCUCAAAAUCGAAGGAGGCGCCGGCGGAGCGCCCGAUCCUCGGGCGAUUCUCAUCCCAUCUCAAGAUCGGCAUAGUUGGAUUGCCUAAUGUCGGGAAAUCGACUCUUUUCAAUACCCUGACGAAGCUGUCCAUACCCGCUGAGAACUUCCCUUUCUGCACCAUUGAACCUAACGAGGCUCGGAUUAAUGUUCCCGACGAGAGGUUCGAUUGGCUUUGCCAAUCUUUCAAGCCGAAAAGCGAGGUUUCCGCAUUUCUUGAAAUCCAUGAUAUAGCUGGACUCGUUAGAGGUGCUCACGAAGGACAAGGGUUGGGCAAUAAUUUCUUGUCACAUAUCCGUGCUGUUGAUGGCAUCUUCCAUGUCCUACGCGCAUUUGAAGAUUCAGACAUUAUCCAUGUUGAUGACUCAGUGGAUCCUGUCAGAGAUCUGGAAACUAUAGGGAUAGAGUUGCGACUAAAGGAUGUUGAAUUCAUGGAGAGGAGGAUUGAGGAUAUUGAAAAGAGCAUGAAGAGGAGCAAUGACAAGCAGUUGAAGAUAGAGCUCGAGUUGUGCCAAAGGGUCAAGGCAUGGCUUCAGGAUGAGAAAGAUGUGCGCCUUGGAGACUGGAAAGCUGCUGAUAUCGAGAUAUUGAAUACUUUUCAGUUGCUCACUGCCAAGCCUGUUGUUUACUUGGUAAACAUGAAUGAGAAAGACUACCAGAGGAAAAAGAACAAGUUCUUGCCGAAGAUUCAUGCUUGGGUGCAGGAACAUGGUGGUGAAACCAUGAUUCCUUUCAGCUGUGUGUUAGAGAAGAAUCUGACUGAUAUGCCACCAGAUGAAGCUGCUAAGUAUUGCGAGGAGAACAAGGUACAAAGUGCUCUUCCUAAAAUCAUAAAGACCGGCUUCUCUGCCAUCAAUCUCAUUUACUUCUUCACUGCUGGGCCUGAUGAGGUGAAAUGUUGGCAAAUCAGACGACAGACAAAGGCGCCUCAAGCAGCAGGGGCAAUCCAUACUGAUUUUGAGAAAGGGUUUAUAUGUGCUGAGGUCAUGAAAUUCGAGGACUUGAAGGAACAUGGCACUGAGUCAGCCGUCAAGGCUGCUGGGAAGUACAAGCAAGAGGGGAAAACAUAUGUUGUCCAAGAUGGAGACAUCAUUUUCUUCAAGUUCAAUGUCUCUGGAGGUGGAAAGAAGUGAGCUUUCGCAACCUGACAGGCAUUGCUGUACCCGCCUGCCGCAAGUCGAGCUUCUAAGCAUGUAACUGAAGUCCGAUGUGCGCGACAACAUAGUGUAGUCCGAAAACUCAGCACGCUCUUUGAAUUUGAUCCGAAAGUGCUUGCUCUGUUUUUCUACAGCUACCUGCAUUUUGUGUUAGAGCGUUGUACUCCCUUCUCCCCAUCCAAAUACUUUCUGUCUUGUUAAACAAACCUCUUAUUAUAUCGGAUAGAUGCAUGAGAGCUGGACGUGAUGAAGGUGUGACUGAAAUUAUGAAUUACAGUACGAUGAUGUCUUCCUGUCUGUGAUUUUACCUUUUUUUUUUACAGUAUUGAAUGAUGAUGGCAAUGCACGGGUUUUGCUUGUUUGCUGCAAAUGAUGGCGGAAUGAUGGUUGUGUGGGUGGGAAGAGAUGGUGAAUGGUUUUGUCUUCCCGUGGUGAAUGUUUCCUUGGGUGUUCCUUCGUAAUAAUAUUGCCUCCCAUUAUUAACUUUACA